AUGUCUCUCCUAGCACCCAUCAUUUGCGAUAAUGGAACAGGUUUCUCUAAAGUUGGCUUCGCCGGCAACUCCGAUCCCUCAUUCGUCUUCCCGACCGCGAUAGCCACUCGCGGCCCGGCUUCGCAAGCCUCUCGUGGACCUUCCGUUCCCUCCAAACCCGGUCAUCUCGCGUCCAAGCGCGGGGUCGAGGACCUAGACUUCUUCAUUGGCGAUGAGGCCCUCGCCAACGCACAAACGCCCGGCUAUGGCAUCAACUAUCCUAUCCGUCAUGGCCAGAUUGAGAACUGGGACUACAUGGAGAGAUACUGGGAGCAGACGAUCUUCAAGUACCUUCGUGCAGAGCCCGAGGACCACUACUUCCUUCUGACCGAGCCCCCGCUGAACCCGCCAGAGAACCGCGAGCAGACAGCCGAGAUAUUCUUCGAGUCCUUCAACAUCAAGGGGCUCUACAUUGCCGUCCAGGCCGUCCUCGCCCUGGCCGCCUCCUGGUCCUCCAACCGCGUCACCGACCGCACCCUCACCGGCACUGUCAUCGACUCGGGCGAUGGCGUCACCCACGUCAUUCCCUGCGCCGAGGGCUAUGUGAUCGGGAGCGCGAUCAAGCACAUCCCCAUCGCCGGCCGCGAUAUCACCCAGUUCGUGCUCAACCUCAUGCGCGAGCGCGGCGAAAUGGCGAACGUCCCGCCCGAGGACCAGCUCAAGGUCGCGGGCAAGGUCAAGGAGCAGUACAGCUAUGUGUGCCAGGACAUCGUGAAGGAGUUCAGGAAGUACGAUCAGGAGCCGUACAAGUACUUUGCGCGGUACGAGGGCGAGCAUACCGUGACGGGACGGAAAUAUGAGAUUGACGUUGGAUACGAGCGGUUCCUUGCCCCCGAGAUCUUCUUCAACCCCGAGAUCAACUCUUCCGAGUUCCUUACGCCCCUCCCUGAGAUAGUCGAUGGUGUCAUCCAGCAGUCUCCCAUUGAUGUCCGUCGAGGACUUUACAAAAACAUCGUCUUGUCGGGAGGUUCCACGAUGUUCCAGCACUUCGGGCAGCGUCUCAAGCGUGACCUGAAGCAAAUCGUUGAUCGUCGUCUAGAAGUGAACGCACAAGCCUCUGGCAGCCAGCUCCGGUCGUCGGGUGUCGAGGUUGAGGUCAUUUCCCACAAGCGUCAACGGUACGCUGUAUGGUUCGGUGGAUCUCUCAUGGCGUCGCUGCCGGAGUUCUACUCGUUUUGCCACACGAAGGCGCAGUACGACGAGAUUGGCCCCAGUAUUUGCAGGCGGUACCAAAUCUUUGGCAGCGCAACGUAG